AUGACAGAAUUCACAGCAUUUAGAGGACAGCACGACGGAACCGUUAAGCAGUCUGUCGGUCGCGUAGACAACCUCGGGAACAAGGAUGUUCUCAUGAAGUUGACUCACGCUGGUCUCUGCUUCACAGACGUGCACUACAUCGAAGCUGGCAUUGCGCUUGGUCACGAGCCUGUUGCAAAGGUUGUACAGGUUGGCAGCGACGUUAGACAUAUUGCAGUCGGCGACACCGUUGGAUAUGGCUAUAACCACGGCGCCUGCGACGACUGCGACGAGUGCCGUCUCGGCAACGACACUCUCUGCAACGAGAGAAGAAUGUAUGGUGAAGUUGACACCGAUUUCGGCGGUUUCGGCGAGUACGCCAAGCUUCAUGAGAGAUUCGUACACAAGAUCCCAGAAGGAAUGGCACCAGAACAUGCAGCACCAUUGCAAUGUGCUGGUGCUACCGUCUUUGCGCCAUUCUUAAAGCAUGACAUCAAGCCAAUCCACCGCGUUGGUGUUAUUGGUAUUGGUGGUCUUGGUCACUUGGCCUUGCAGGUUGCAAACAAGUGGGGUUGUUCUGUUGGUGCUUUCACUACCUCCGAGAACAAAGUCGCGGAGGCAAAAUCAUUUGGUGCACACGACGUCAUCGUUACGAAGCGCGCAGAUGGAAAAUCAUUCGUCCCUGAAAACGACGCUGACAAAUUCGACUUUAUCAUCUGCUCCGUCAGCUCUCAAGUCCCUUGGGACGACUACUUUGACUGCCUCAGACCACGCGGUCAGAUCAUCCCACUUGGUGUCGACUUUGGCAAGUUCGAAACUAACAAAUACAUUUCGCUUCUCGCUAGAGAGAACAAGGUCGGCGGUAACAUUGUCUCUAACCGCUACCAACACCAAAAGAUGCUUGAAUUCUGCGCUAGACACGACAUCAAGCCUGCUGUUGAGGUUCUUGAUCUUAAUGAGAAGAACCUUAACACUGCGUUUGACAGGCUGAAGAAGAACGACGUUCGUUACAGAUUCGUCCUCAAGCAUCAAGAAUAA